CGAUUACAUAAACCUGCUCGAUUGCUCUGUGCGCAAAUGGCCGACAGCGACAUGGGCACUGAAUCUGCCGAGCCGAACCAAGAGGAACCCUGUUUUUACCGAGGGAGACCCAAACAUUCCCCGGAGGAAGAAGCGAGACUGGAGAGACAACAUUUCUGGAAAAUCAUCAACGCGUUUAGAUAUUACAGGACCCAUUUCGAGGAGCGGCUGAAGCGGUGCGAGAGGCACUUCCUCAGUCUUCCUCGCCGUCAUCAGCAGCUCCUCUCCGGCUUCCUAGAUAAGCUUGCCGAGAUCCGACGCUGCAUGGAGUGCAACCACGAGGUCCUGCAGGCCAUCGUCCACAGCUGCACGCACAUGUUUGAAAACAUGGAGUAUGACGAGGAUGAGAACAUGAGGAGAGCCGGGCCGUCUUCAACUUUCGACAUGGACAAGCUGAAGUCCACCAUUAAGCAGUUUGUGCGGGACUGGAGUGAGACGGGCAAAGGGGAGAGAGAUUCCUGCUACGCUCCUAUCAUUAGGGAGAUACAGAUACAGUUUCCUCCUGAAAAGCGUGACGUCUCUGAGGUGAAGGUGCUAGUUCCAGGAGCCGGUCUGGGCCGCCUGGCAUGGGAAAUCGCCAGCCUCGGUUACUCCUGCCAGGGCAACGAGUGGAGCUUCUUUAUGCUUUUCUGCUCCAACUUCGUCCUUAACAGGUGCGAAAAGGAGAACUGUCUGACGUUGUAUCCUUGGAUUCACCAGUUCAGCAACAACAAGCUCUCCGGAGACCAGAUGAGAGCCGUGACCUUCCCAGACGUCAACCCGCAAAGUCUCCCGCUCGAUUCCGACUUCUCCAUGACAGCCGGAGAUUUCCUGGAGGUGUAUACCGAUCCGAACACGUGGGAUUGUGUUGCCACCUGCUUCUUCAUCGAUACCGCCCACAACGUGCUUGACUACAUAGACACAAUCUGGAAUAUUCUCAAGCCUGGUGGAGUGUGGAUCAAUCUGGGGCCUCUACUGUACCACUUCGAGAACAUGGCGAAUGAACUCUCCAUCGAGCUGAGCUACGAAGAAAUAAAGGGCACCAUUUUGAAAUGUGGCUUUCAGCUCGAGGCGGAGAGAGAGUCCGUGCUCAGUACCUACACAGAGAACGAGCGCUCCAUGCUCAAGUACUUGUACGACUGUGUUUUUUUCGUGGUGCGGAAACCCGCAGCGCUGAUCUCCAACUCCCAAAACUGUAAAGGUGGCGAGCUAAAAGCUCCGAUGACAUGACCUCAGACCACGAACUUUAAAGUUUAGCCAAUUUUAUUACGUUUCUGCACACUUCUUUGUGUAUCAGUAGUUAAAAAGAAAAAAAAAAAAAGAACGCACACCUUUUCACGACUUUGCCUCAGGAUAGAGGGUUCUUGUGGCCAUUGAUCUCAACAACCUAUGUGACCUGUUGUUUUAAAUGUUUUGGAAUUGAACGUCUGGUGAUGGGAGAUGUCCUAAUUGACUGCCUGACUGCUGAACUCAUUUGAAGGGGAUCGAGCAGAACUGGUAAGGUCAGGUAAAGAAAACCUGGAGGACAGCUCUAAUGCCAAAAUUCGUACUUGGUACUUGGGUACAUUGCGCAAGGAUAAUGUUGAUCUAGGGUUACGGUAAGUCAGCAUGGGUUAAAUAUACCAGUCAACCAAUCAACAUUUGGCCAGCAGCAGACCUGAGAGUUAAGACUUUACCCAUCAACACAGGAAGUGAUUAUCCACACCUUCCCCUAUAUAUAUUUGGUGAGACGGUUUGGGGGAUAAGUUCUGUGCAGGACACUCGAGUUUUUCUUCAUUCAACUCCAUUGUUGACAAACCACGUCUUCACGGAGCUCACUUUGCUCACUGGGGUAUUUUCCAAUGCUCCAUUUCUGACCAGUGUAUGAAAGAUUAUUUAAUGGUUUCGAUCAAAUUCAAUCACACCUGUCGGGUCACAAAGUUUUCAGAGGAUUAUUGGUUCGUUCCGCGAGUGUGUUCUCAACGGAAAACCUAUUCAAGGCUCCAAACAAACAGACUAAAGAUUGUGAAUGCCGGCAAUGCUCAGAGACAAGAACGGUCAUCUCAACCCUUUGAAUAUCCACGUAUUAUACCUCAGUAUAUCCUCAGCGAUUUGUUCGCUUUCAGAUCCAGAAGUAUCUGAUUUUCUCAGUCGUGUUCAGCGCUGCAACAGGCAACUCGUUUGCAUUUUUUAUUAUUUAUUCUUCACUCCUCUGUUUGACCUGGUACUGUGUGAUGGCUGUCUUGAGAACAUUUUGGCUGGCUAAAUGCGAAACAGUUCACACAGCUCAAAGGAAAUAAGUUGUUUUAAACUUCAUGUACAAUCACGUGUGUGCGCCAUUCUUUUUUUUAUUGUAAUAAAGUUCUUUUU